GAGCACUUGUGGCCGCACAGUGAAAGUGCAAGACACUUCCGGGUUGUACUAUUUGGUUCGAUUAUGUUAGGUUUCUUCGGUGCGAAAUGAUGGAUUCGUUGAACAUAAAACUCGAGGUGCCGGAUUUGCCGCUGCAGCUGGGCGAGGAUGGGUUAAUGAUGCCGAACGCGGAGUUCCUGCCGACCGCGAAUGAGCUUCUGUUCGGUGGCGACGACGACGAUGAUGUGAUAGCGGUUCACAUGGAUUUGCGCGAGAACCUUUCGAAACUGCGGGGACUGGUCGAGCAGCGGAUCGGCAUCUCGCUGAAGCACUAUGAGUUUUGGCUGCAAGGUUCGACGAUGCUGGAAUCGCACAAGAAUCUCGUCGACCAGUGUGUUCAAGGCGAGGGAUUGGUCCAGAUCAACGUGCAGGUUCAACCGGCACAGCGACGGAUCAACAUUGCCGACGUGCUGAAGCCUACCGACGAAGUGCUCCAAUCGUAUCAGAAGGAGCUGGAGCAGGCGGCAAAGGAAUCGGAAAAGGCAGCCCCCGCUGCCGGGAAAGAGAAGACCGACACCCAAGGGACCCCAACAAAUGCUGCCAACGCUUUGCAAAAGCGCAACAAAGAACUCUCCGUAAGCGAUACGCUGGUGGACGGUGGUUCGGUGGUGGGCGCUGGUGACGGUAAGCCACUUACUAAGGAAGCCCAGGAAACGGCCAACGCGGUCGCUGCUAUCAUCAACGCGGUCAGUGCCGAAGAGCAAGAACGGGAGCAGCGCUUAGUGGCAGAGACGACGACGUCGGAAAAGCUGUUGCAGCACAUCAAGGUGGAAUCAGGCAGCUUGAACGAACACUCGAUGGACGAUUGCGACGAUUCGGACAUGGAUGAUGGCGGCCCGGAGGAGCCGGGCUCGCUGCGCUGGACGUGCGACAGCACGUUUCUGCGCGAUCAGCAGCGCCUGAAUAUUCCGAAAGACCCGAAAGAGUGGACCGUAGCGCACGUCAAGCACUGGAUCCAGUGGGCGGUGCGAGCAUUCAACCUGACCGGUAUUAAACUGCAGGACUGGAACAUUAGCGGCCGUGAGCUGUGCGCACUCGGGCGGGAUGAGUUCAGGCAGAAAGUUCCCAACGAUCCGGACACCCUGUUCUGGACACAUCUGGCCCUGCUGCGGAAAUGCAAGUUUGUUGGCGUCCUACAAAAGCACGUACCGGACGGGGACGAUUUCGAUGAGAUGGCCAUUCGACGGAAGAUGCCAAAAGUGGUCACUUUAGGAAACGAAGCCAAUUUUUGUGGUAAUCGCACGGGAAACAAUGGCCAGAUACAGCUGUGGCAGUUUCUGCUGGAGAUACUCACCGAUCGGGAGCAUCGCGGCAUCAUUCAGUGGAUCGGUCGCGAAGGAGAGUUCAAGCUCUGCAACCCGGAACUGGUGGCCCAGCUCUGGGGCGAGAGGAAAAACAAACCGACAAUGAACUACGAGAAGCUGUCGCGUGCCUUACGUUACUACUACGACGGCGAUAUGAUCUCGAAAGUGCACGGAAAGCGAUUCGUGUACAAAUUUGUGUGCGAUCUGCGCGAACUCCUCGGUUACGAUGCGUCCGAACUGUCGCGGCUGGUCAGCGAAGGCUCAACGGAGCCGGCAAAUAGUGACGAAAUGAAAAACUUUGAUAUGGACUUUGAUUGAAUCACCUUUACUAACCUUUUUUUGUUAUCCUAGUGUCACUGACAACUGUUCGGUUUAUGAAAUGUUUAUAAAAACGUAUUGAAUCUUUCUC